CUAUUCUUUAGUUUUUUUUUUUCUCUGUGAAAUGGUGAUGUGACUGAUGUGUGUACUGAGAUUGAAAGAAAUUUUUCCUAUUUGCAUUUAAAACAUUGUAAUUUUUGUUAAAUCUAUAACAAAAUACAUGCAUUAUGAUUACUUUAUUACCCUGACCCUAAGUAGUACUAAGACAUUGCAUACUUUGUGAGUUAUUUUGGUAAUCGGUGACAUUUCAGUGAAGUGCCUAAUUUUGAUCAUGGAGGCUAUAGCAAAACACGAUUUCACAGCAUCUGCUGAUGAUGAGCUCAGUUUUAAAAAGAAUCAAGUCCUUAAAAUACUUAAUAUGGAGGACGAUAUGAAUUGGUACAGGGCUGAAUUAGAUGGCAGAGAAGGGCUAAUACCUAGCAACUACAUUCAAAUGAAAAGUCACAAUUGGUACUUUGGACGGAUCACAAGAGCCGAUGCAGAGAAAGUGUUAACAAAUAAGCCAGAAGGUGGAUUUUUGAUAAGGAUCAGUGAAUCCAGCCCUGGUGACUUCUCAUUAUCAGUAAAAUGUCCAGACGGUGUCCAGCACUUCAAGGUACUCCGAGACGCUUCGAGCAAGUUCUUCCUUUGGGUAGUGAAGUUUAACUCUCUCAACGAACUGGUGGACUAUCAUCGCACCGCCUCCGUUAGCCGCCUGCAGGACGUCAAGCUGAGAGAUGUCGUACCAGAAGAGAUGCUGGUACAAGCUCUAUACGAUUUCACGCCGCAAGAGGCUGGCGAACUGGAGUUUAGACGUGGUGACGUCAUUACCGUCACUGACCGCUCUGAUCAACACUGGUGGCAGGGCGAGAUAGCUCACCGUCGCGGCCUGUUCCCGGCGUCUUACGUCACAGCCUACCAUUCAUAGUGCUCGCGCGAUCCACCCUUGCCUCUUCGUAGCCGCUGAUAUUGUGUUGUGUGCCGCCCCACUAUAUUGACGCGUCGACAUCGUCACCGGCUGACAUCUUGAUGACAAAUCAUUUACCCAACACCAAUGUACGAUCACACAAUAACGAGAAAGCGUUAUAGUUUUCUUAACACAUGCAAUAAUCUCGCCUUCACAUCUCAACAAAGUGUCAGCCGGCCAAAGUAUGAUUUUAUGUAACCACAUAUAACAUUUCACAGUAAAGGUGCUUAGGUCCCCGGCUGUUUGGUUACGUUAAUCAUACAUAUAUAAAAUACAUUUACUAUAAUGAUAUAAUUGUGACUGCUAAGUUGUGCUUGUCCGUGAGUUGAACUGCCCUUAUCCACAAUAUUGACGUUGUGUAGUACAAAAUUGUUCGGUGCCGUUAUCCACUUUUUUUUUUUGUGUACUUUGACGAAUUUAACAACCUCUCAAUUGUGUAAUUGUGACAAUUUGCGGGACGAAACAAUAAUUUUGUCCUCGCUAACGUGCCAGAAUGUUAUUUGUAGUUUUUUUGAAAUAUAUUUAAGUAAAAGGUGAAAGGGAUCAACUCAGUAUAUGCUGAUAAUUCCCCCGCUAUAUAGAUUUUUUAUUGAUGUGAUUUUUUUUUUUUUAUUUUUUAUUAUAUGACCAUUAUUUAUCCACUUUUAGUCUAUAAUGCUCAUUUUUAAAUAUUUACCAUUUACAUGUUAGUUUAAGUAUCAUAGAUUUAAGUUGGUUUUACAUUAUUUCGAUCUUUUUAUCAUUGAUAUACAAAUCUAUACUGGUACCAUAUUCGCGUAGGAUAUAAACGAUGUAGCGUCCUUCAAAGCUUCUCCCUCUAGGUUUAGUUUCAGAUUAUAUUGUGUCGCACAAUGUAAUGCCAGAGUAUAAAGGAUCAACUUAUAUAUAUUGACUAUCGUUUCGAUGUCAUUAUAUGAAUACGAACAGCGAGGAAGAAUAGUAAAGACAUAAUAUGCCCACAUAACAACAUGCUUCUUAUUCGCUUUCGAUGUUUUUAAUUUUAUGCAGGGUGUUACCAUUUUAGCGUUUUACCAAUUAAUGACGAAGUGAAAUUUGUCUUAAAAUGUUUUAACGUAAUAAUUGAAAUAUAAUUAUAAUAUGAGAGUAGUGAGUACUACUUGUUACAAUUAAUACAGUAACGGUGUUAUCAAAAACCGUGACACUCGGUGUCGUUGUACUUAGUUAGCGUUUAACAGUUAGUCAAGACUUGAAAUUAAAACUUUGCGUGCUCGUUGACCCAAUGUAGAUAUUUAUUUUUGUUAUUGUAUUGUACCCAAAAUUACUAUAUUUAUGGAAAUAAACAUACUUGAUAGAAUUUUAAUCGUAAAAUAUUUGAAUACUGUCUAAAUAUGGAAGACAUCAUAACGUUAAGUAUAACCAACUCCCUCCCCAUGUGACAUGACUUUUUUUUAAUUCCCUUAUUCAGCAAAGCAUUUAAACUGUGUGUAUUAUAGAAUAAGUAUGAAGCCACUCGUUUGUAGCAUGUUGUGAUGAUCAAUUUAUAAAGAAUAUAUUGAACGACAGUCUAUAAUAGUUCAUAGCUUCUCGCUGUAGUGUCAAGUAAGUGCAUGAAGGCAAGUUUUAAGAAAUCGGAAGUGCUAUAAUCUAUUAUAAUCAAAUAUUUAAAUAAUUAAGUUAUGAUUCUCCAAUAUUGUGGAAGAUGUAUAAUAUUUUUUACUAAUAAAUUUAAUAUUAUA